UGGGUUUCUCUCUGAAAGAGCGCUGAGGCGCACAAACGGGACAAUAAAUUCAUUGCAGGGGUUUAUUCAAGCGAGGUGUUUGGUCUCUAGGUGUACCAUAAUUUAUUUACUUUCUGAAGCUGUUCAUCCAGGAGACAAUCACGGACUUUUCUUUAUGCGUUGUCUUAUCCACGAUAGUGUAAGCGAAAUUACACCUUAAGUGCCGUUCCAUUGUCAAACUGUUCUCCAGCGAUUCUCACGUCAUCGUUGAAUUUGUGGAGAAAAACUUGAAAAUAGCAAAGGAUGAAUUCGAUACGACAUAUGCCAUCAAGGAUGAAGACUAAAAUGUCGGAAACGAGCUUAGGAGAAGAAAGGGACCGUUUCGACAAACAGCAGCUCAACAGCAUCAGCAAAGCCAUUAACUCCACUGAGACACCAGUGAAGGAGAAACAUGCUCGCAGGAUUAUUCUGGGAACUCACCGGGAAAAGGGUGCCUACACUUUCUGGUCUUAUGCUAUUGGGCUGCCUUUGUCCAGUAAUGCCAUUCUGAACUGGAAGUUUUGCCAUGUUUUACAUAAAGUUCUACGUGAUGGCCACCCAAAUACACUACAGGACUGUAUGAGACAUUACAGUGACAUUGCAGAGACUGGAACACUAUGGGCAACUACAAGAGAUAAAUAUGGAUAUGGACAGCUUGUUUCUCUAUAUAGCAAGCUCCUCUGCUGUAAAUUGUCAUUCCAUACUGCACAUCCUGAAAUCCGAGCCAACCUGGAGGCCACAGAUGAAGUUCUAGAGCGCACAGCAGGAACAGACAUCAACAAUGUUUUCCAGCUCACAGUUGAGGUGUUUGAUUACAUGGACACAGAACUUCGUCUUGCUGAGUCAGUCCUACGACAGCUCAAUUCUUCCAUUGCCAUCUCAACAUUGACAGCAGGACAGUGUAAAUUAGCACCACUGAUUCAAGUCAUCCAGGACUGUAGUCAUCUAUAUCACUACACAGUCAAGCUGCUAUUCAAGUUACAUGCUUGUCUACCAGCUGAUACACUCCAGGGCCAUCGUGAACGGUUCCAUGAUCAGUUCCACAGUCUCAAGACAUUUUUUAACAAAGCAAGAGACAUGGUGUACUUCAAAAGGCUUAUCCAGAUUCCAAGGCUACCUGAUUCCCCUCCAAACUUCCUUCGAGCAUCUGCUCUAGCAGAGCAUGUGAAGCCCAUGGUUAUUAUCCCAGAUCAGGAGGAGCCUGAAGAGGAUGAUGAGCCUGAACCUCUAAUAGAUGUCAGUGAAGCUCCAGUCAGCAUGGCUUCCCAGCCACAGGUUGACAUAUUUGAUCAGACAUUCGGGCCCCCAAAUAAUGGCUUUGAUGACAGGGACCUCCAGAUUGACAGCUUGAAGCACGAAAUUGAGCUACUUCGAGCUGAAAUUGAGAAGAUCAAAGCUGAGGCUCAGCGAUAUAUCACUCAACUGAAAUCUCAGAUCAACAGUUUAGAGGCAGAGCUGGAGGAGCAGAGGGUGCAAAAACAGCGUGCCCUUGUAGAGAAUGAGCAACUACGUAUGGAACUGGAGACUAUAAAACGAUGCAAUGCAGAACAUGAGACAAUGCAAUCUACAUUUUUUGAAGCUGACAAGAGGGCUCAAGCUACAGAGCUACGCUAUAACAAGCUAAAGGAGAAACAUGCAGAAUUGGUAGCCAACCAUGCAGAGUUGCUCAGGAAGAGUGCAGACACAGUUAAGAUGCUCUCGGCCACUCAGCAGACCCAGGAGGAGGUGGCCAGAACUAAACAACAGUUGUCCUUUGAAGUGGAGAGGAUCAAACAGGAGUCAGACAUGAAGCUAGACGAGCAAAAGUUUGAAAUGGAUAAAUUAAGACGAGGUUUGGAGGAGAAGAUUGGAGAGAUCCAACAAAUAAAAGGGAUAUUACAGGCUUGUGAAAAGGACAGUGAGCAGCUGAGCAACUCUAUAACCUCAGUGCAAGCAGAAAAGGAGCGUCUGAUGCGUUGUUUGAGUGAGAAGGAGGCUGAGCUAUCCUCUCUGAAACAGACAGCACAGCUGAAGGAGUCCUCUCUCCAGCAAGAGAGGGAGAGGAGUAGCAAGGAGCUGGGACAUCUCCAGGGAAAACUAAAAGAGAAGCUUGGCCGUGAGGAGCAGUUGCAGCAGAAGUUGUUGGAUGAGCAGUUUGCCCUGUUGCAGGGUACAGUAACUGAGGCUGAAAUCAUCAUUCAGGAUGCUGUAGCCAAAGUAGAUGAUCCUUUACAUAUCCGCUGCACCAGCUCCCCAGAUUACCUUGUUAGCCGUGCAGAAGCCGCACUGGGUUCAGUGACUAAAAUGCAAGCUGGCCACUCACACUAUUUGAAGAAUAUGGAAGAUGCUGGGCCUCUGUUGAGGGCUCUGACUCAGUUUUCUCAUCUUACUGCGGACACCAUUAUCAAUGGGAGCGCAACAGCACACACAGCACCUGUAGAUCUUGGCGAUCGAUUGAUGGAGAACUGCAGGGCAUGUGCCACUCAAAGCUUAAACUUUCUACAGGACCUGAAGUCUAAAGUUUCCUUAAAGGGUGCUGAUGCAGCAUCUGUUCGUGUUGUGAUUCAGAAGGUCUUGCAGAUUGCACAGGACCUAAGGCCUAAAGGAGUAGAUGUUGGAAGGGAGGAGCUGGGAGACAUGGUAGAUAAAGAAAUGGCUGCCACUUCAGCUGCUAUAGAGGAAGCUGUGAGGAGAAUAGAUGAGAUGAUGAAUCAGGCGAGAAGAGACACUGAAGGAGUCAAGCUGGAAGUGAAUGAGAGAAUACUGAAUAGCUGCACUGACCUCAUGAAGGCUAUCCGUCUCCUGGUGCUGGCAUCCACAGACCUGCAGAAGGAAAUUGUAGAAAGUGGAAGGGGUGCAGCAACAGUGAAGGAGUUUUAUGCAAGAAAUUCUCGCUGGACUGAGGGCCUCAUAUCUGCUGCAAAGGCAGUAGGCUGGGGGGCGACACAAAUGGUAGAUUCUGCUGAUAAAGUGGUGUUACACAUGGGCAAAUAUGAAGAGCUUAUUGUCUGUUCUCAUGAAAUCGCUGCAAGCACAGCACAACUUGUUGCAGCUUCCAAGGUGAAGGCAGACCGUGGCAGUAAAAAAUUGUUGGGUCUUCAGCAAGCCUCUCGCUAUGUGAAUGAGAUGGCUGCUAAUGUGGUAGCUUCCACCAAGACAGGCCAGGAACAGAUUGAGGAAAAAGAUACUAUGGACUUUUCUGGAAUGUCUCUGAUCAAGUUGAAGAAAGAGGAAAUGGAGUCCCAGGUGAAGGUCCUGGAGUUGGAGAGCAUGCUUGAAAAUGAGCGCCUACGGCUCGGAGAGCUACGUAAAAAGCAUUAUGAGAUAGCAGGGGUUCCACUGGAACAGUUAGGCCAAGAUGACAAUGCCUUGUCUUCAACAUUCCCCUCCUCUCCAAAACCCUCCAAACCAACAUUAAUGAAGAAACCAGCUCUUGCUCAGAAACCAAACAUUCCUACAAAAAACAUGUUCAGGUAAAUACACCUUGGAUGAAGAUCAUCAAAACUGGAUUUCAAAUUUCUGGACAACUUUUGUUUGUUUGUUUUAACUCUUUCCUUUUAUCUUCUUCUCUCUAGUACUUUUAUGUUACAAAGUAAAUAAGCUAAUUAUCUGUUUGUUAAAUGCUGAGAAAAUAUAUUUUUUAAAUCUAAACUACUAGUGAUGCAUAAUCUAAUCCUGUAGAUUUUCAGGUAUUAAAAACAAUCGAAAACAGUUCUGUCUCAAUUUAAACCAUUCUGCUAAAUCGCAAAUGUUAUAGAAAGGUAUAAUGGGUGCAGGUGUAGCUGGCCUCUGUGCUUGUAACACAAACGUUUUUCAGUUUUGUUUAUUUACUUGUUUUUUGUUGUAUGGUUUGUUUUAUUAUUAUCAUUUAGGGUUAGUGUGUGUAGGGUACACAUAAAUUAUAACUUUGUCUUAUUUAGAAUAAUUGAAUUGAAUCAAAAUUAUUAGACUGAAAAUAGUAAUCCUCAUUACGUGACAGCUAAUUGUUUUUUUUUUCUUGAAAUCAUUAUUUAAAGCCCAUGUCAUCAAAUACUAAGUAAGUACUUCUUGCCAUAAGAAAAUAUAUCCAUAGCUUCUGUGGUUUAAUUAGCAGUGACUGCAAAAUAAAGACAAUUAUUAGUUUCCAUUUUCCCCUCUCUUUUUCUCCUCCUAAUUGUCCAAAUCAUGUUGAAUGGCACUUUUUGAUAAGUUGCAUCAAUGCUAACAAACUAUUAAUCAGAAUUAACUAUUUGCUUUAGAACCCCCUUUAUCCCAACAAAUGUUCUCUACAAGUUUGAUAUACAUCUAAAAAGGUAUAUUAUAUUCUAAUAAAUGCAUGACUUUUUUCUAAGACUAAGUUCUAUUAUUCAUUACAUACAACCAGUAACAGGAUUUAGAAAAUCAUCCCAUUUCUAAAUCCAUAAUCAAUCUUUUCUUAAAAAAAAAAACUAUGGACAGAUUAAGUUACAAAACAAUAAAACCACAUCUCAUAGUAAGAAACUUUUUAUUUUAUAAUUAUUUUUAUAAUUAAUGUUUUGCAGUAGCAGCUUUUUUAAAAAGCAAUCAACAUCAAUCUCUUAAAUUAGAUGAACCAGUGCAAAAGUACAAAAUUUCUGCAUACUAAAUAGGAAAGCUUAAUCAACCUUCUAUUUUCACAGUCUACCAUAAAAUUAAACAGUGCAUUAUUUGAUCAUGUUUGGGUGUUUUAUGGAAUCAUUCAUGCAUCCAUUAUAUCCCAUCAUGUUUCCUUUAAUUUUAUUUCAAGGCUGUCCCAGUCGACCUAAAUAUUGUUCGAAGUUCAAGGUCUGUUGACAUUGCCUAGGACAAUGACAUUGUAGAAAUGGUUUGGUAAUUUGGGACAUCUUGGAAAGGAUUAUCACUGAUACAUGAUUGGAACUAACAGUAUGCCUAUUUUACAUAUACACACUAUGCCUCAGAGAUAUGUGAAAUUAGAAAGCAGAAACGUCUUUGUCAUUCUUUCUACUUACAUCAAGCCUUUGAGAAUCAACAUCAACACCUGUUUGAGGCUUACCUCACCACUCAUGUCAUUACAUAUGAAUUAAGUCAUGUUAUUACUAUCAAGCAGUUCCAAUUUGGGGGUUUAUUAACAUUAGCUUUGAUUUUCACCUGGUGUCCCGGUAAAACUUGUAUACAAAUAUACCUACUUACCAUGCAGCAUUCACAGUUAUUUUAACAUUUAAAAUCAUUUUGACAAGGGCUUUAAAUAUCAGGGUUUUUAUUAUGAUGAUGAUGAAAAAAUUGGCUUACAUAUAGCUGUUAUUAUUUAAGUAAUAUUAUGCCAAUACACUUAGACUAAUAAAAGGUUUCCCUAACACUUUAUCUUACACUUAUUUACAUUUAUACACACAUUUAUUACAAUUUUUUAUUAUUUUUUUAGUUAUCAGAAUUCUGUAUUUCGUGCUCACCUAGAAAAUACAGAUUCAGUUAAUGAAAAUAUCGAAUGCAGAUCCACUGCUGGAAGAACUGCUACAUAUGCAAAAUAUAAAAUUAUUAAAUUAGGUAAAAUUAUUUUAUUUAAGACCAAUAGAUAACAGACAAAAUGUUGCCUUAAGAUCAAACAUGAAUUCAUUUACAUAUUUUAGAUAAAGCACAAGUAUCAGUCACUGCAUUUACUACAUGAGGGUUUAAUUUGCUUACUUUUUUAGUUCCUUUAGUCCUUCACUGAUUUGGUUUAUGGCUGGGUUUUGGUUAAAGAAGAUCACAGAUUAGGUCCUUCUGACUGGUGCUAAUGGCAAAUUGCCAUAAGCUUUUAAAAAUAAUUUUACAGAACCUGUUACAGAAUAUUUUUUGUAUAGUCAUUGAAGGUCAUAACUAGAACGUUUCUUUGGUAGAGGGUGUACAGAGAUGAUAUGUGUGUGGACAUCUCUUUUUCGAUUCUAUGACGGGUUCUUUCAGAGAAAUGUCACUUUAUUUCUUUCCUUUUUUGGUUAUUUAGAAUUGUUGUAAUACCAUUUCUGUUCAUAUAUUUUAAUUUUUUCUGAUGAACUCCCUGUAAUUAAUAAAAAUGUUGAGUAAUAAAUGUU